AUGGCCGCCCCUGCACGCAUUCCCGUCAUCGAUCUCGCCGGCGCCGCGGGCUCCGCGACCGAUCGCGAGGCUGUGGCCCGGCAACUCGUCGACGCUGCAGUCGAGCAUGGCUUUGUCUACAUUCGCAACACGGGACGCGACAUCCCCGUGCCUUCUGUGGACGAGGCCUUUGCCAUUUCCCGGAAGCUCUUUGCACUGCCGGCAGCCGAGAAGGAACCCUCGAGACUCGGGACAAAUAAUCGGGGCUGGGUUGCAGAGCGGGUGGAGACGCUGGAUCCGAAGAACCAAAAGGUCGGCGAUGCCAAAGAAGCCUUCAACUUUGGCGAGUUUCUCAAUGGCCGGGCCCAGCAGCCCGUCCCGGCCGCCCUGUCCGAUGACGAGCCCCGGCUGGCUGCCUUCUUCGACCGCUGCUUCAACAUGUGUUUGACGCUCAACGACCUGCUUGGCAUCGGUCUCGAGGUCGACCCUCCUGAUUUCUUUACGGCUGCCCCCCGCAGACCGGCCGGAGCCACCGACAACACGCUUCGGCUGCUGUACCACCCCCCACGGCAGGCGAACGACCCGGAGGCCGUGCGUGCCGGCGCCCACUCGGACUACGGCUCGAUGACGCUGCUGUUCCGGCUGGCCGGCCAGGCCGGACUGGAGAUCUCCCGGCAGCCAGACGUCUGGGAGCCGGUGCCCGUGACGCCGGCCGGUACCGAGACUGACGCAGCGCCGCCCAUUCUCGUCAACAUCGGCGACCUGCUGGCCUACUGGACCGGCGGCCUUCUUCGCAGUACCGUCCAUCGCGUGGCUUUGCCCGUCGCCUCCGAGUCCGAGUCCGAGUCCGAGUCCGAGUCCGAGUCCGCAUCUGCUAGCCCCCGCUACUCUAUCGCCUUCUUCUGCCAUCCCGCUCGCGCCAGCUCGCUGGUCCCCGUGCCCAGCGAACGCGUCGCUCGCGCCGUCGCGGCCGCUCAGUCCCAGAACACUGUCUCCGACAACUGCAUCGCCGACGACGUCCUCACAGCCGACGACCAUCUGCGCAUGCGUUUGCGCGCCACGUAUCGAGGCCUCUAUUGA